GUCAGGCCCGAGGGAAACGUGACGUCACAGGGGCCAUCCUAGGGGCGGGGAACAGGAAGUCAUAAGGGGCGGGGCUGCGAUGAUGUCACGGGAGUGUGAUGUCACGCAGGAAAGGCUGUGAGGUCAUGGUGCCUGCACAGGAACCAAGAGAUGCAGAAUAUGCAGCAUCUCUUUGCCCUGCUGAUACUGUGGCACAUACCGGUUUGCCUGCUGUUGAAGGACUGCGAGUGGAAAGUUGAGCUCAAUGAAUUUGAUAAUCUGGGUGGAGACAAAGCUGUGUUUUUUAGACAGCACCCAGUCACUAGUGUAGCCGCUGUGUUCCAGAAUCUCACAGACUCAGCCAUAGACCUGAAUGACAGGAAUUCGCACUACCUGGGCUUCCCGUACUACCUGAAAAUAAACCUGACCUGCACCACUCAGGACGCGGCGAUGCUCAUUCGCAAGGCCCACCUGACUGGGCUGAGGCCCAUUGUGACCGUCACCUUUCAAGAGCCCGUCAACAUAGGGCACUGGAAACCGGAGCAGCUGCAGAUCGAGAUGAAAGCCGCCCCUUACCAGCUCCAGGGGCCGUGUGGCAGCCAGGAGCUCUGCCGCAUGUGCUGGUACACGCCCAUGCCCAUGACCAACUGGAGCGUGGUGAUGAAGGUGCUGGUGAGGAGCAACGGCCUGGGCUUGCAGGUGGACAGCAAGAGGUUUUCUGUGAACAUCAAUGGCUAUGUGAAGGAAACUGAGAGUGGUGUCCAGUAUUCCGUGGGACGGAAGGCUAGGCCAGGCGGCAAGGGGCUCACACUGCAGCAAGGGAGGUUGAGGUUGGACAUGAGGAAAAACCUCCUGCCUGUCGGGGGUGAAUCACCGGAACACACUUCCCACGGGGGCUGCGGAAUCUCUGGAGAUCUUCAAGAGCAGGUCAGCACGCUGAGGAACCUGAUGUUGCUGCGCAGCCCAUCCCGUCCCAUCUGGGCCACCUUCAAUCACGCCCCCGUGCUGCUGCUGGGGGGAUUCUCCGCUUACAAAAUCGUCCUGGUGUCCGACUCGGAGUUUGCGGAUUUCACCUUCUUGGAGGUGGGGGUUGACAACUGCUGGAUCGGGUCCCUCAACUGCCCCGUGUCUGUGUUCUCCUCUGCCAUCUCCGACACCAUCGCCACGGAGCAAAUGUCUUCGCUCUUCCUCCUCCAGAACCAGCUGAUCUACUCCUUGGCUGGGAACUACGCGACCCUUUCGCCUCGCCCGCCGGGGACUGCCGCCUGGACCCGGGUGCUGCCCAACAUGUGCGUGUCAAAGCUGAACCCCGUGUUCUUCCCCCACAACGACUCCGAGUACGUGAUGGCUCUCGGCAGUGGCUCAGAGGAGGGAGUCGUCUUCCUGGGCACCAUCCGAGACGGAGCGGUGCAGUUUUCAGAACUACGCACGGCGGAGAGGGAGACAGUGUGCAUGUGUCUGAAGAUUGCCUGCAGCGUGCUCUGGGCCGUCUACAUCACGGAGGAGAACUUGAUUGUGCUGCUGGUGCAGGAGAGGCAGCGGGACCAGUCCCUUUACCACAUCGUGGGCUACGACCGAGAUAAGGCAACUUUCCAGGUACUGUUCCGCCUCCCUCGCUUUGUGCCCAAAGACACGGAGAAAGGGUUUGUGAUGCUGUUGGGGCUGGAAGAAUACACGGAUUCCGCCCUGGUCCCCAGGGGCUUGUCCUAUAACCCGUUCAGCGGCAUCUUCUACAUCUGGGGCAACGUGAUCUUACAAAGCUACGACCUGGUUAAUUACAUCCAUCUCUCGGACUUCCCCCGGCGAUCCCACAUCAACUACUUCAUUCUGUCCUACGUGGGCGAGUUCGUGUGUGUGACGCAGUCGGAGGAGAUCUGGUUUGCAGUGGAAGGCAGCUCUGCCAUCAGUCGCCUGUACCCCUCCGAGGCCUGGAGCGUGUACCUCAGCCUGCAGCUCAUGAGCGGGUCCAAGGACUUCGGCUUCAACGAGACGUUUGUGAGCCUCUUCUUUAACGAGGACGGGCUGCAGCAGCUGGUUUACAUAAGGGAUGGAGACAAGGAGAAGGAGGGAAAGCUAAUCAAGAGGAACUUCCCUGUCCAUUAUAUCCUGACCUACCAGCAGCUCAUCUACAGCCAGUACCGCUCCGUUUAUUUCAAUGACGUGCACUAUAUCAAGUUCUUCCAGUCCUGCUCCUUCUCCACCAUGCGCUUCAAGGACCUCCCCGCCCCGCAGCGCUUCACCCGGAUGGAGCACUACCGCACCGAGCCGCCCGACGUCAUCCAUGGCCCGCACCGGCCCACCCCUUACGCUGACCCGGUCCACGACCCGACCUGGCGCUGGUGGAAGAACCGCAAGCAGUACGCCCCUUACGCUGACCCGGUCCACGACCCGACCUGGCGCUGGUGGAAGAACCGCAAGCAGUACGCCGAGUACUACUUCUACGUGGCCAGCAACGGCAACUCCUCCGGGGGCGUCUUCGUCAACAUGGAGAGCUACGUGAAGAUCUACGACUUGCAGGCCAACAACCAGCUGCCCAGAAAGAUUUACCUGGACAAGAACAACGUCUAUUCCUUCUCGGUGUUCCUGAGCAUCGAGCUGUCCGCAGAAAGCAUAGAGGAAACCCCAGAAGACAACUCCCUCGAUUUCGUGUGGCUCACCAUCGUCCUAGGGCACCCGGAGUACGUGGUGUCCCACCUCCGCCGGAGGAACCUGGUUCUGUCUGGCUGGGCCAUGGUCAUGGUGCCCCUGUUCAUUGGCUGCCCCCCGGGGAAGAGGCUGGCCUUUGACAUCACCAGGACCCUGCGGCACACGGCCAAGGAGAACAAGCACUACUUCGACUGCUUGCACAAGAACCCCGACAUGCCCUGCUUCUUCUUCGCCGCAGUGUUUUACCCCUUCUUCUUGAUCCAGGACAUGGUGACGGGCGACUCGGGGCCCUUCACAGGACGCUACACGCUGAAGGUCAUUGGUGGGGGCCCGUACUCCGAGAGCCAGAUCCAGUUGUACAGCCCGGGCGAAAUCCUCAACUAUAACACGGAAAACAGCAGCACGCUGCUGAGUCUGAUCUGGAGGAGGGCCGAUCGCACCAGACGCCCCCCCACCGACCCCAAGGGCUUCACUAUCUUCUCCAGCAGGAAGAGUGGGAUCAAGUGGGUCUGUGAGCAGAACUCCCCCUGCCACGACGUGACCCCCUUGGACAUGAGGGCGCCGGAUUUCUUCUUUCUGGUGAAGGUGUCGAACAGGUGA